CUCGCCAUUGUCGGCCCCCCCGCCGCCCAUCCUCCCAUGAAGAUCUCAAACAACCCCCCACAGCACCUCUCGAACUACGAGGUGCUGCAGCACUUCCUCGCGCUCAAGAAGGACAACGAUGUGCUCCUGCGCGCGACCGAGGCCAAGAAGAACCGCGACAUCAAGGGCGCGUACGACCAGAUCCCGCUUGUGACGAGGCGCGGCGAAAUUGGCGGGCCCGAAAUUCCGGACGUGCCUCCCGUCUCGGCGGCGCAGCGGCGGCGCGAGGACGAUGCCGCGCGCCGAGGCGUGAGCAAGGACCUCGUGUGGGUGCAGGAUGAGGUGCUCAAGUACCUCUGUGCGGAUUACAACGCUACGGCGCGCCAGACGGCCGACGGGGUGCGCGCUGUUGCGGACGGGCUGCAGGAUUACGGGCUUACCAAGGCCGAGCUGUUGCAGGCUUGUAACCUUGCUCCGAUUAACCAGGUUGGCAUGUACUUGAUUAUGGAGGAGGCAGAAAAGCGCUUCCAGCAUUAUCCUGGAGGGUACGAGCAGACCGUUGGCACCAUCAUCUCCGAGGUCAUUGAACCCAGCCUCCUCCACGAGGUGCCGGAGGAAUUGGAGCCAUUUGUUACAAGCGUCCAGGCGAAGGAAAUUGCGCAAACGAUCUUGGAAGAUGCGGCCGCGUACGCCGAGGAGGAGGAAAUGAUGUACCAGGAGGAAGAGUUUGUGCACGAAGCCGAGUGGGGAGCAGGAAAGGAGGCCGCAGCCGACGACGAGGAGGACAAUACGAUGGACUGAGGGGAAGGAGGUCUGGUUCGAUA